CUUUAGUGUUGCCACAAUGUGUUUCGUGGAGAUGCUAAACAUAUAGACAAGUGAGUCUCUAAGUAACCUUAUCCUUACGCAUGUUCAUACGAAAGAAUCUCAUGAAAAACAAACAACCUGCCUUCCACCGGGUUCAAGCACAUCAUUUGGUAUCAAAGCUAAGUCCUUCUGAACAGGUUUACGCCAUUACCCGUAGUCAAGUCAGACUCCAUCGCAGAGACGACAAUCUUCCUCGCUGCGCUCUUCAGAUCUCCAAUCUUCUUCGCUGCGCUCCAAGUCUCCAACAUCCAACUUGCCAGUUCGGCACACCCGCAGUCCAACUCGCCACAAUCGGAAGUGAAUCAGAGUCAAUCACAGUCCAACUCGCCAACUCGCCAGUUUGCCACAUUCCCUGGCGGGCAACAAGUCGCCACAAUCCUGAAUCAACUUCUCAAUCGCUAGUUUCUUCUUCAGUCGCAGAAGCCAAAGGAUCUCUUGGGUAUGUAAUCCCGAUUAUGGCCAUUAUGCAUAUGUUUUUGGUGGACAUCACAAAGGACAUUCAAGUCGAGAUGGAUUACACGUGGAGCAUCGACGUAGCGACCUUCAACCGCUCCAAUAUUCCAAGAGACGUCUGUGAUCAAGAAGAAGAAGGUGCAGAAGAUAGUGGUGAAGAAGAGAAAGAACUGGUAGGCAACCAAGGCGAUAACCCGGUGGUGCCUUUCGAAGCGACAAGUCAGUGGUCAUCUUAUUCCCGUGCAUCACAUUUUUCAUCAUCUCAUAGCUCUCAUCGUUCCCUCCUUCAAAGGAUAUUGGAUACAAUUUCCCAAGUGAUGAUGGUUGGGAUAAUACGUUUGACAUGGACACAACAUAAGGCAGUGGUAGUCUGUUUCGCUUGCUUGGGAACAAAACAUGCACAUGGAGGGGAGAUUGAAGCCAAGCCUUUGAAGGUGUGCUUUGGCUUCCCCCCAGGAGGACCUACUGAAGUGGUUGGAUCGUUUGGGGUAGGAGAUGGAUUCAUUUGUGUGGUUGUGGGGAUGGGAUGGUUUUGGACUGUAUUAGCUGGAGUCUGUGCAGAAGAGAGGGACCUGCUCGUAGUGAACUGGUUGCCAGAGUCCUUUGCCUCCAUUGUCAAGGAAGAAUUUUGCUCGCAGGUCGCCGGAAACAUCAAAAUUUGUUGGAUUGCUCUUUCUUGUUGGUUAUUUCUGUCAUUGAUUCUCCGGAUUGCAUUUUUGGAGUCCAAGUGCAAGUCAAUGGGUCCAUGUUGGAUUGAGAUGGCCCAAUUAAGGCCCACGAUAGCUGCUUCCAUCUCACCAUCUUCAGAGGAGUUCUGCGUUUGCAAAUGGGUGCUCAUUGCACCAAGAAAUUCUCCUUCCUUUGUUCGUAGAAUAGCGGCGCCAACCAUUGAAUCUCCGGCAACUGACACAUCCGUGUUGAGGGUGGUGCUCUCUCCAGUCCAUUUGAAAGUUUUGAUCCUGGUAAAUUUCAUAUGUGAUGAUCCCUGGGGCACAUUGUUUGAACACUCUGCAGGUUCCAGGUUCUGGGGGGGGUGUUUGAAGAUGAUGGUUCAGUAUGACGCUGUGUCUCUGUGGUGUGAAGGUGAUCUGGCUCUGUGGUUUGAAGAGGAGUGCAGUGGUGCUGUCAUCUUGGUGAGAGGUCGCCGGAGUUGGAAGCAAUUGUCGCCGGAAGUUUUGCCGGAAAAACUUCGAAAGCUUCAUUUACCUUCGAGGGGUUUGAAAUCCUCGUCGAGAUAUAAAGGAUUGCCCAGUGUUACCUUUUCCGAUAAUGAAGUCGCGUCCCUAUGCUCCAAAUUCUGGCAAACUCUCGUUGGAAAAUUUCCAAAAGGUCGUCCCUCGUUAAGCUCCAUCCGUGCAUCCAUUGAAAAGAUUGGCUUCAGUAGCUCUCCUAAGGUCUUCAGAUGGACAAACGAUUUCGAUCCAACUGUGGAUUCUCCACUCACCCCAGUUUGGAUUGGCUUUGCUGGCCUCCCAAUCCAUCUUUUCGAACCAAAUGCUUUGUUCUCCAUUGGCAAUUUAAUUGGCACUCCUCUGAAAAUGGACAAUGCCACCUUGAUGUUGUCUCGCCCAUCUGUGGCACAUUUGUGCAUUGAAUUAGACUUGACAAAGGAACUGCCAAGAGCUGUUUGGAUUCACCUUGGCAGCCUAUCCUUUCUCCAACCUGUCAACUACGAAGACCUCCCUGACUUCUGCAAACGUUGUAAAACGUUUGGGCAUACAACUUGCAAGAAGGCCGGAAAAGCCACUCGAUGGAUUAGAAGAGACUUGAGGUUGAAUCACGAAGAGGAUAAGGGAGGGGACUUAGUUUUUAAGUCUUCUGUACCUCCUUCUUCAAUGGUUAACACCACUUGUGUCAAUGUUCCUUUGAAUGGCUCUAGCUCUACUUAUGCAGACAGAAUCACCCAGAAAGAUAUGUCGUUGAGAGCUGUUGAGGACUUACUACCAGGGAACCUAAUACCCCCCACUAGCCUUGCCCCACUUGGAAAUGAUGAGCGAAAAUCUGAUCCUGUCACUACUUAUCCUAACAAAUACACUGAAGCUGUCCAUGUAUCCACUGCCCCUGAUACUCCUGUUCAGUUGAGUACUAUUAAUCUUGAUGUCCAGAGAAGUUGAAGAGGAACGAGCCAAAGCUAGAGCUAAUGACGGAAUGACGAUCUUCGCCAAACUCCCCUUCAAAGAACAAAUCAUGCAACUCAAGCUCGCACACUAAAAAUUGAAUGCUAAGGAGCAAAACUUCACGCAGACUAGCACUGUAUCAAAGUGUAUACCUACUGGAUGCUCCUCGGCCCCUACAACUCACCAGUUCGACCCACUUGAGGAUAUCCCAGAUGAUGAUCCACUACUUGAGGAGCAUCUUGAAGAUGACUUAACCCUUGUACGCUCUAAAAAAGCUAACAAGAAAGAAGCCCCUGAUAU